UUAGCCAACGAACUUUGCGGUGGCUCACACCUCUAACCGUCACGCCCUUUAAAAAUUUUGGAGGGAACCCCGACAAAGAAGCAUCGUGUGUUUGUUUAUUAUUACAAGAAAACUCCUAUUUCUCAUUGAAAUAUUUAGUUGAAAUUGUAGAAAAAUGUAUCAGCCGCCCAUUAGUUCAUACUUCAAUGCCCGGAAGAGGUUGGCGAGUGAUUAUCUGUGUGCUCCCACGAGCAAGAAGCUCCUGCUUGCUCCCGGUGGUGACGCUAUCAAAGCCAAAGAGGCAAUAAAUGUGGAUAAAGUGCAAAAACCCAUUGAGGCGGUUGCGAAUGGAGAAAAGGCUGAAAAGGUGCUUCCUCCUAACCCAAAGCGUCAAAUUGUCGUUGCCCGGAAGAAGCGUUUGGUGGCAAAGGAAAAAUCAUGUGGCGCAGGGAGUGUUGUUCCGGGAGCCAAGGUGCCGGUGAUGUCUUCAGCAAACAGCCAAGAGAAUGUGGAGGAGAAGAAGGCAUCAAUGGAUCUCUCGAUCAAGGAGAUCCAGGAGAAGGUGAAGAAAAGCAAGAAGCUGACGGAUCUCAAGGAGCAACUGCUGAAGCUGCAGGAAAUGGAGAAGAAACGCCAGAUGCUUUUGCGUCAAAAUACAACCCCAACAAAAGUAGAAGCACCCAAAGAAGAGGGUCAGUCGCUGAAGAAAUUCAACAAACUCGACUUGGAGGUGUUGAGCCCAACAAAAGUCUUUAAAUCCCCACUAAAGAUGAAAAUUCCCACACCCGGAGAAGCUGCUCACAAACCCGAUACGACAUUGAUGAGUCCCCGGAAGGAUGCAGCACCGCGGAGUGCUCGAAAGGUGCUCUUCAGCCCACAGAAAGGUGAUGAAGGGCAAUCAGAGGCAUCCAGCAGUACUCCGGCGUAUGAGAAAUAUGCUUCCUUGGUGGAAAGUGGUCGUCCGGGGCUACAGCUGCCCUUCAAGUAUCGCCAACUGGUGGAAAUCUUCAAGAGUUGCGAUGCUGUGUGUGCCAUGUUCCACAAUCGCAAGGAAACCAUCACGUUCAAGAAGCUCAAACCAGCUGUUCAGCAACUCUGCCGGAAAACCUUCACUCCGGCGCAUUUGGCACAGAUUGAGACAAUCUUCCCGGGGGCGUACACAUUUCAUCAGUCCAAGACACGGAACUACGGCUCCACAUCGAAACAGGACUACUUUCAGCUAGUAAUUGAACCAAAGCCAGACCAUCUGUCGCCACAAAUUCUCAUUGAGAGACAAAAAACAUUCACCAGUGCCAUUGAGAUGCGUGUCCGGAGGCAGCACUAUACCUUCCUGCGAUCCCUUACGCCCCCCAUGGUGAUACCCAUGCAGAAGAUCACUCGGUGGCAUCCGGAAUUCGAUCUGGAGGCAUGCCCAGCGAUCCCUGAGGCCAAUCUUCCGCGUCCACCGAAUGAGGAGAAAUUCUCAUCAGCCCGGGAUGUUCUGUCAGCAGCGAAGAAUCUCUUUAACUGCAGCACAUCCAUGGAACGCACAACGGAACUCCUGGAGGCACGUCAAGCACUCCCGGAGCCCCAGAAGAAGGCGGAAACGGCGGUAUCGGACCUCCUGAAGCGUGUCCCGGCGAAAUUGGUGGAGAAAAUUCGUGCGAAGCAAGCUGCCAAAGCCCUGGAAGCCAUGACACGCCGUCCGAGUCAGGAUGAGGAAGCUGUGGCAUAUAGUCGUCUACCGGAACUUGCAAAGCACAUUCGAAAUAUCUUCAUGACGGAGAAAAAGUCCUGCCUCACGCUGGAGAUCGUCCUGGGGAAGAUCGCAAACAGCUACCGUGCAAAUCUCCCGGCACAUGUCAUUGAAUCCCUCAUUGGGGUACUGAGUCGGGAGGUGAAGGAGUGGUUGUCGAUUGAGGAGAUCCGAAAGGUGAAGUACGUGAAAUUGGCAAGGGGCAUCGACUUUUGGCAGCUGUCGCGCAAACUGGAACGCCUGGCGACCGAGAAGAGUGUCUGACCUCGUAAAGCAAUUCCCUGGAACGCAUUAUCACACGUUGUAAUUCACUUAAACGCGAGAUGGGCUCCCGAGUGGAACCACUCGCGAUGCUUUCUGAAUAAUAAAUUGAAAUUCUGUUGACAAA